GAGAUCACGUGGCGGGAUGUUAGUCUUGCCUGGGAGCCCGAAAAGCGCAACGAUAUCGUAAUGGUGUUCCUUCCCCAGGACGACAUCUGGAAGCCGGAUAUCGCUAUCAUGAACGGCUUCGAGAAGAUCACGCAAAUGGGUUCAUCGUUCAUCUACGUGAAUGUCAACUACAACGGUUCGUGCUUAUGGAGACCGUAUCAGAUAAUUGAGACCACGUGCCAAGUUGACAUGACGCAUUUCCCCUACGAUCGACAGACGUGCGCCUUGCAGUUUGGAACAUGGGGUAGCUCAGGUACCGUAAAAACAGCCUUCGGCGAGAACGGCUUACAAAAACACCACAACUUUCAGGAUAACGCAGAAUGGAGUUUGGUAUCGCUGGGCGUAGAUAACUCCAGCACAUACCAGGCUGGAACCGUGAAAUUUCAUUUGUUGAUAGAACGCAAUUCUAGAUUUAUAACGUUUUACAUGACCAUUCCAACCGUCAUGCUUGCAUUUCUGAAUGUCUUCACCUUUAUUAUUCCCGUGGAAACAGGGGAAAAGUCUGGAUUCAGUAUGACGAUCUUUCUCUCGUUCGUCGUUGUCUUAAUUGUCGUAAACGAUUACAUGCCAGACAACUCUGACAACAUUUCUCUCUACGCCGCUUAUUCUUUGACGAUGACAUUUUUCAGCGCCAUAGUGGUAAUGCUAACAGUCCUCCAAAUCAGGGCAGCAAGUUUUGUGACUAAACGCUACCCCAUCAGCAAUCGCACUCAUCGGUUUGUGCGAAAGAUGUUUGCAAUCAGGAAUAAGAUUUGUAGGAUUAAAGAUACUCCUGAACAAGAAUUUCAAGAAGAGAAUGAUUUGGUUGACACUGAAACUAAGACUGAGGAACUUGAACCAGAGGAAGUUAAGGAUCGGUUAAAGGUGCCGAUGUACCCGCAGUAUGAUUACAUAUAUAUGGCUGGUGAAAACGACGUAUUGUUUCGAAGGGAGCUUACAGCUUCCUCGAUACGAUUUGAAAGGAACUCUUUGGUGAAGGGAAGAGAAACGACAAUUACAACUGACCGGGCACAUUCGAUAGACGUUCAGACACAAAUUACAACAAGAGACGAAACCAGAGUACUAAAUGGGUAUGUAGGGAAAAGUGAUGAAGAAAAUCAACAAAAACUUCACGACAGGGUCAAACGCGUAAGAUUUCCGAAUGAGUCAAAUGUUCGUCAUGUUGUUGAAGCAGAAAUAAAUACUUCAAAUACUGAACAUGACUCUGACGUUGAGAGCGAGUGUAGUCAUGAAUCUCUAGAGAGCGAGGAUUUAGAUGUAACCAAUGCGGAUGAAUCUGAUGAAAACGCUGAUAAAGAGAAUGAUGAAGAUUAUCAAAGUGCUUUAGCUGUUAGUAUUGUUAAAUACAAUCAAAAUGAUCAGGGCAGGUACAUUAACGACGAUUGCAAGCAAGACAAACCUGGAAACAUCGACAUAAAGAAUCACCAAAGCUCAAGAGCACUCUCACCUUUUGUAGAAAGAAAUGUCCAACACGAGGCUAUUCUAUCAGAAACUCUUGCAGGCGACAAUAUUUCGGACGAUUUUUACGAGAAGACAAAUAAUAUUAAAGUUGUUGCGGAGGCGGAAUUUUAAGCCGCAUUUCCAUUCAUGAUAAUAAUAAGGAAACUUGUCUUAAAUUGAACGGUAUGAUCGCUAUAGCUGACGACACACAGCCAAAUAAACACGAAUUUGGGAAAACCGAGGAAAUAACCGUUUGUCACACCAAUAUUAUUAAUAAAGAUGACGAUUCUGACAUGGAAAUGGUUAGAGAGUUUUGCAAUAGCAGCCCCACUGACGAACCAUCAGCUACCACUCCAGUAAAUGGUCAAAACUCUGCCUUAAAGAAAAUCAAUCGGUCCGUCUCGUUUAUGGAAAAUCGGAUUCGACCAGUAACGUCCCAACAG